AUGGCGGGGGCACGUGGGACAGGCGGACAGACAGACACGCCACUGGAAGAAACGCGGAGCCGGGAGAAGGCGGUAAGGCGGGCAGGGGCGGCCCCGCACCCCGGCACCCACCCACGCACCCACACACGUGGCGCCGCUCGGGGCCCAGCCGCCCCCGCAGCCACCAGCCCGCCGCCCGCCCCGGCUCCCCAGCGCCCACCUCACCCACACCAGCUCCCCGGUCGCACUCGCCUUCCCCUCCCCUCGCAGGGCCCUCGCGGACCGCUCCGCGCCCUGCCGGUCCGGCCAGUCGGUCCCGCCGCCCCCGGUCCCGCCGAGCCGCGCCAGCCGAGCGGGAGGCGGCGCUGGGGGAGCCCGCGCCCAUUGGCGGCCCGAGGGCGCCUGCGCGGCCCCGGCCCCGCUCCCGCCCGCCCCGGCGUGUGUCAGCCGGGCCAUGGAGCGGCCGCCGCCGCCCGCCGGGCCCCGGGCAGCACCGGCCGCGCCACCGGCACCGGCCCGCAGGGCAGGCGGCAGCGGCGGCGCGUCCGCCGGCAGCGCCCGGCGCCGCUGGGCGCAGUGACAGCGCCCUCCUGGCCGCGCCGGCCCCCGCCUCCCUCCCGCCGCCUCCAACCGCCUGCGAUGCUCAGUGAGUGGGGACCGGCCCGGGGCCGCGGCCCGGGGCCCGCGCGGGGGGGCGCGGGGGGCGGUGCCGGCGGCGGGAGCGGGGCCCGGGCGUCCCGCGGCCGCCUCGUGGUGGAGGCCCCGCAGGCCUGGCCCGGCCCGGCCGGCGGCUCCUGGGAAGCCGGCGGGGCCACCCCGGGCACGGGCGCGGCCCUGGGGGCAAGCCCGAGUGCAGACGGGGCCAGGCGCCUCCCCUGCGCCCGGAGGUCGCUGCGAGGGGGGGCUCUGCUCCUCAUACUCUUCUUUCCCUUGGAAAGUGCGUGGGUUUAA